AUGAUGCUGGGCAUUUCCGCUCUGUCGGGGAGCGGAAUUGACGUGGAUGGCCUGACGCCAGAGCAGCUGCGCAUGCUCGCCGUCGACAUGCGCGACGCGGCGCUCACGGAAGGCGCGGAGGACGACGCAGAGCAGGCGGACCGCGCCCUCGCGUCGUUCGUUAAGACUAGCACGCUCGAAGCCGCCAGCAUGCUAGCUAACAGACGCACCACGACUGCGGGGAAAACAGUAGGCGGAGGAGGAAGGACUGGCGGAAAGGGUGACGGAGCAGCAGCAGCAGCCGCGGCAUCAGCUGCUGCGGCGGACCUUCCGUUUCCGGUUACAGCAACAAGCCCAUCCGCUAAGCCGGCAGCCGAUGCUGCUGUUCCAUCUCCGUCCAAGCCUGCAGCAGCCAGGAUUGCCGUGCCGGCUGAUGACGCCCUCGCUGCUGCCGCUGCCGCCGCUACAGCCGCUACAGCCGCCGAUGCAGCUCCAGCGAGUGUGGUAUCGCCUGCUCGCGCUGCCGGCAGCAGCAGCGCUGGGGCGGUAGCAGUAGGUGCAGGAGGAUCGGCGUCCUUGCGCGGGCUCCCGUGCUACAUUCACUUCGCCAACCACCGCGUGGCGGCGACCAUAACGCUCUCGCCGGCAUGCAUUGACUUCGGCAUAGCGCCCUUCCGCAUCCGCCGCACCAACUUUGUUGACCUCUGGCGUGUGCCCGAGCGCCCCGUGCUCGUCACCACGCCGCGCACGCCCAAAACCCGUGCUGCCGCUGCUAAGGGGGGUGGGGUUGGUAAACGGCCGAGUAAAUCCGCUUCUUCCACUCCUCGCACCCCCAACAAGAGUGUAUUUUCGAAAUCGGAUUUUCCAGGGUCCACCCAGCCAUCCAUAGACGAUGCUGCUGCUGCUGCCGGAGAGGGGGGAGGGGCAGGAGAGGAAGGAGUAUUACUAGCGCCAGUGGCGGCAUCAUCAGAUGUGAAAUUUCUUGAGGGAUCACAUGGCUCUCCAAAUCACAACCUCACUGCUGCUGGUGCACCUGAUGCUGAUGCUGGUGCUGAUGGUAAGGGUGAUGCGGUGAGUGAGGGUGGUGGUGGUGGUGGUGGUGCUGUGAGCACGCUGUGUGCGCCUGUGGUGGUGCAGCCGCGCUACUCCACUGUGAUCUCCCCUGAAGGAUCUCCCCGUGCUGCUGCUCCCUCCAAGCACAGGCCACAGCAGGCGCAGCAGCAGCAUAAGUCGGAAGCAAGCGCAGAUGAAAGCACCGUCACGCAUCCAUUUUCUGUUGUGGGCGGUGGGGACACUGAAGUUGAUCCUUUGCUAAAUGCAGCAGCAUCAGCAGCUGCAACAAGGACAAGCGCAGGAGCACCUGAGCGCCCUGGGGAAGAACAAGGGGUUGAACCUCAGCAACUGCAGCAGCAGCAGCAGCAGCAGCAGCAGCAGGAAGGGAGUAAGCAUGCAAUGGUUCCCCUGAGUGUUGAGGAUGUGGCAGCAGUUGAGCUUGGGUUGGAGACAUGGGAGGUGGUGCUCCUAGAAAGGGAUGAGGAGAGGAAACUGAUAGCUGCAGCAGCAGCCGCCGCCGCAGCGGCAGCGGCAGCAGCAGCGGCAGGAGGAGGCGUGGGUGGAGUGGCAGAGACAGAGAAAGGGAGUGAGGUGGCAGAAGGCAGUCGGGAUAUCUGCAUGACCCCGCCUGGUACUGGCAAGCGAACCAGAAGCUUCCAGUUUGAGACAUCCAUUGCAGGCUACGACGCCAUUCGAGCCAUCAUUGACGGGUGGACGCAGGGAGCAGAGGACCCAGCAGCUGCAGCAGCAAAGGAAGCCGAACUCAGCGACAUUCGCUCUGCUGCCGCCGCCGCAGCUGCUGCUGCCGGUGGUGCUGGUGCGUUUGCUGUGGGUGGGGCUGGCGGUGGCAAGGGAGCUGCGGCAGCAGCAGCGUUCAGCCCACGUGACCUAGCAGAGGGCACUGGGAGGCACAGCAUCAGCUGUGACGGUGACACCUCGUCUGCCUUCUCUGACUACACAGAGGCUGAUGAGAGGCGGCGCCUGCUCACCAACCCCUUCCACUCCACCACCGACUCAUCUGCAACAGACCCCCCUUCUGCCGCACCCAGUGGGGCUAACUCAGAAGCAUCUCCUGCAGCAGCUGGUGCUGGUGCGGCUUCUGCACGGGUUGCUGCCCCUGUAGGCUCCUCCUCCUCCUCCAUCGCCCACACUGGCGUGUCGUCCACCUAUGGCAUAUCGACGGGGGAUGUACCAGCCGCAGGGCUCAUGUCGUGGUCGUCUGCGUUGCGCAGUGUGGUGCCCCGGAGCAGAACGUCCUUUGAUGCUACCUAUGUGCGCAUGGAGCCUUUAACGGCUGGAGGAGGGGGAGGAGGAGGAGGUGCGGGAGGUGAGGGGGGCACUCGCCCACGUUCUGCUGCGUCUGGUGGAGCAGCAGGGUUUGUUCGCAGCAGCAGCGUGACAGGGCCUGGAGAGAACAAGGGUUUGUCGGUCACGGAGAGGGCGGAGAGGGCUGGGAGUGGGCUGGGAGAGGGCUGGGAGAGAAGGGAGGAGGGGGAAAGGGUGAAGCAAGGGUUUGUGGAGGAAAUAAUGAGGCGCACGCGCAACGUGCAGCAGCUCCUGGCGCUGCGCGAGUGUUGCCCCGUCGUCCGCCGCGCGCCCUGCAGCCCGUGGACCGACUCCCCGCGCACGCUGCCGGGGCCUGGCGGAACCGGCGCAACCAGCGGCAGGGGGGGCGGAAGCGGAUGCGGCGGCGACAGAGGGGGUGGGCUCCGUGGGGGAGGAGCCGGAGGUUUAGGACGGGGGUCCGUGGGGGCAGAGGCGGAACUUGCUGCCAGGGCGGAUGGCGGCAAAGCAGCUGUUAGGCAGGACGAGGAAGGGGCAGAUGGCGUGGGCGCAGCAGCGGGUAGUGCAGGUGGCAGUGGAGGCAGCAGUCGGGUGAACGCUGCUGUUAUGCUGGCCCACUGGGUGGAGCGGGACUCUCUCAUCCGCUACUCGGCACAGUACUGCCCUCUGCACCCUGCCCCGCGCUCCACUAUCGCCGCCGCUUUCAGCAGCGAUGGCGCCUCCCUGGCCUCCACACAUGGCGACCACACGGUGAAGAUCAUCAGCUGUGCCACCAGCAAGUGCCUGCGCACGCUCACAGGCCACCGCCGCACGCCCUGGGUGGUGCGGUACCACCCGCGCACAGCGCAUGUGGUGGCGAGUGGCAGUCUGGACCAUGAGGUGCGCCUGUGGGACACCGACACCGCUCACUGCAUCGCCUUCCACCCCUUCUAUCGCCCCAUUGCAUCGCUCGCCUUUCAUGCGUCUGGGGACCUGCUUGCCGUGGCGUCCGGCCACAAGCUGUACAUAUGGCAGUACACGCGUUCAGGAGAGGCGGCACAGCCGUGUGUGGUGCUGCGCACGCGCAGGUCACUGCGAGCUGUGCACUUCCACCCGCACGGCGCUCCUCUGCUGCUCACCGCUGAGGUGAACGACUUGGACUCAGCAGAUUGCACGCCCACAGAAGCACUCUCUUCGGGCUACGUGCACUACCCGCCGCCCUCCUUCCACUUCAACCCCUCCACUGCAGACACCACCCUCGCCGCCUCUGCUGCCACUGCGGGGGUGAAUGGGGAUGAUGCUGUGAGGCCUGCAGCAGGUGAUGGGAAUGGCGGUCCAGGGGAAAGGGGGGAGCAGGAUGGAACGGUGGCAGGAGGAAGGGAAGUGGUGGGGAGGAGGGGGGAAGGCGAAGGGAGAGGGAGGAGGGAGGAGAUAGUGGGGGAGGCGCGUGGGAGUGGAUGGCGUGGGAGUGUUGCUGAGGGCAGGGAUGAGGUUGAGGCUGCUGACGUGGCUGCCAACGUGGCUGCGGACGUGGCUGAUAUGGAGGGGAGAGGGAGGGCAAGGGACAUGGGUCCUGUGAGUGGUGAUAGGGAGGAGGUGGCGGGAGGCGGCGGUGCUGGUGAGGAUGCUCCGGGAAGGGAUGGACAGAGGGAGAGCGAUAGGGACCAGCCACGGGGGACAAACGGGGAAGAAAGAGGGGAAGAGACUGGAGGAGGAAGUGGAGUAAGGGGGGGAGAGGGUAGCGAUGGAGGGGUUGGGAGAGUGAGUGGGGACGAGGGGCAUGAAGCAGACAGUGCAGAGCAGGCUGCAGGAGGCUCUAGGCCAAGCGCACAAGAAGGGAGGGUGGAUGAGGGGAGAGAGGAUGAUGGUGCUGAUGUGAAUGGUGGUGGUGGUGGUCGAGAGGGAGGAGAGGGCAGCGCGGCAGGUGGUGCAAGGUUGAGCGUGGGGACCAGGGGCAACAGCACUGGUGCUGCACGAGAUGUGGAGGGUGCACAGGCAGAGGCAGCGCCGCAGCAGGUGCAGCGGUUUCCCUUGGCGCAGCUGCAGCACCCGCUGCUGCAGGCGAGUCAGCCGACGCCGGAGAUCCCCUGCACGGUGAAGCUCAAGGUGUGGCGCCACCACAUCAGCCGCCCCAGUAGUCCCCUCGACCCCGACAGCUGCCGCCUCACUGUGCCGCACGCCGUGCUCUGCAGUGAAAUGGCAGCGUCGGAACCAGCAGGGGCAGCAGCAGGAGCGACAGGGGCAGCAGGGCUGGCAGCAGCAGGAGGAGGAGGAGGGGGGUCGGUGGGAGGGGAUGGUGGUGGGGCGGUAGUAGCAGGGGGAGGAGCAGGUGUAGCAGCAGGGGCGGCGGGUGGUGAUGCUGCGGUGCAUAGCAACAGCUCAGUGGCAGCCCGCAUGUCUCCAGGGGAACGACGGCGCAGCCCUUCCCCUCUGGAAGUGAACUCUGGCUGGCAGCACGGGCAGGGGCAGGGGCAGGGGCAGGGGCAGGGGCAGGGGCAGGGGCAGGGGCAGGGCCAGGGGCAGGGGGACACGCGCAUUGUGGGGACGGAUGGUGGUGCUGCUGCUGAUGUGGGCGCUGGUGGUGGUGAGGCUGAGGUGCCGUCAGGUGCUACUGGGGUAGUGGCAGCCGAAGCAGCAGAUGGGGCAGCGAUUCAGGAGGCUGCAACCACUGCUGCUGCCGCUACUGCUGCCACUGCUGCUGCUGCUGCAACUGCUGCCACCACUGCUACUGCUGCUGCUGUUGAUGCACCUGCUGCCAACGCUAAUGAGAGUGCUGCUGGUGCUGCUGGGGGCAGGAGCAGGGACUUGGGAAAUGGAAGGGGAGCAAGUGGAGGGGCAGGAGGGGGGAUUGGAGCAGGGCUGGCAGGGGUGAGUGGGGCGGUGGGUUUGGCCGUGGGGGGGGGAAUGGGAGCUGUGACCACUGCCACGUCUCGACUCGCAGCCUGGGUGACGGGAAGAGGGGCUGCAGCUGCCGCCGCUGCUGCUGCUGCUGCUGCUGCUGCUGCUGCUUCUGCUGCUUCUGCUGCUGCUGCUGCUUCUGCUGGCGCCGGCACUGCUGGGAACACAGCAGCAGUGGGCGGGAGGAUGGAGGGACCAUCUGUUGCUGCUGCAGCACGGGGGAACGACCUGGAUGCCCGGGGAGCAACUGGGGGAGGCGCAGCUGCGCAGGGGAGCAGGGGGGGGGCAGUGGGCGGGGGGGGAUCAGGGGGAGUGGGGGGCAAUGCGAUACGGCGGUCAAGAGGGGGCACAGACGCAGGGGCUAGUGGAGCUAGCGGGAAUUUGGAGCAAGACGGGGCAGGGGGAAGGGGAGGGGGAGGGGCGGGAGCAGGGGGGGGUCGUGGUGGGGGCAGUGGAGGGGCGGGCAGCAGCAGCAGCAAUGCGGGAGUGGCGCAUCAGGUCAUUUAUGAGCUCAGGGUCUACUCCUUGGAAGAUGCCACGUACGUUGCCUCCCCUCUCGGCUCUGGCUCCUUGCCCUACUUGUCCUUUUCUCCCCGCGCUUUUCUGCACUGCACUGCCCCUCGUUCCCGCCUUUCUUUCGCUGGUAUUGCUGUGUGUCAACGGGUUCCUCGUCUGUUCUCUAUUCCUUUCUUCGGGCAAGUCCUUGCAUGUCGAGCCAUACGAGCAGCACAUUGCCUCACAUCCAUCCAGUUCUCCCCCACGUCCUGCCAUCUGCUGCUGGCAUACGGGCGACGCCAUGGCUCUCUGCUGCGCAGCCUGGUAGCGGAUGGGGCCUCCAUCGUCCCCGUCUACACCAUUCUCGAGGUCUAUCGGGUCUCUGACAUGUCACUAGUGCAAAUCCUUGCCAGUGCGGAAGAUGAGGUCAACGUGGCUUGUUUCCAUCCUAAAGUCGGUGGGGGGCUGGUCUACGGCACUAAGGAGGGCAAGCUGCGAGUGUUACAGCAUAACCGUGCUGUGCCUCUCCAUCUGCCGCUCGGCAUUGCUGAGGACACCUCCUUUGGUGAGGAGCAAGAGAACCCUCAGCAGCCGCAGCAGCCACCCACCCGAAGAUUCCCCAUCUUCUGA